AUGGAUAAUAGAUCAACAACUUCAGUUUAUAGACAAAUUACAAAACCUAUAAAAGCAAGAACACAAGGAGAAUUAGUUCCUCGUGAUAAUAUUAUUCAACUCAUGAAAAUGCUUGAUGCACGAUUAGCUCCUGAUCAAGAAGUUAUAAGUUUUCUUCAAGACUUAGUUGAAGAAUAUGUAAUUGAAAGUGCAGAAGAAAUGAUGGUGUAUGCCAGACAUCGAUCCGAUAAUACUCUUGAUUUUAGAGAUGCAAAACUAUAUUAUGAACGUCAAUUCCAUCACAGUAUUCCUGCUAUUUUAAGUGUUAUCCAACAAAGUCAUCUUCCAACUGAGUCAAUUCUCAAAUCAAUUUAUAAAAAGAAACCAUUAACUAAAAACCAUAUUACUCAUAUUCAAGACUUCAAAAAAGCAAAGAAAUAA